AUGGCUGCGGCCGCAGCGAAGGCCCGGGCGGAGGCGGCAGCGCGGGCUCAGGCUGAGGCGUACAAGCAAGUCCAAAACUUCGAUUGGAGCACUGGCGCCGACUGGAAGACCGCCGCUAACAUCCUCUUCAUGGUCCCCCCAAGCGCAAGGAGUUCGGCUGUCUAUUUAGUGGCCCAAUAUGCACGGAGGGAGAUCAAAAGGAUGGAGGGGAAUGGCGUUGUUUUUUGCAGUUUUUCCCUUGCUCGACCAAUUAUGGAUCAUUUCCCUGUAGAAUGCCAUAUUUUCUUGUUUCUCAAAAUGAAGCAGAAGAGAAAAGGAAAAAAAGACGAGGAACCUGAGAAACAAAAACAGCUUGAGGAAGAAUGUGCCAAGAAGGAUGCUGAUUCAAAGCUUUCGAAGGUAUUAGACAGGCUAGAUACACUAGAGGCUGUCGUUGAGGAAAUUGUGGAUGACAAAAGGAAACUCUCUUCCCCUGAUUUACCGACCAAAGCGGAGGUUGCGAAGAAAGAUAAAGCAUCUCCGGGCAAGGCUUCUGAUUCGAAAAACGAUAGUCAGCCAGUGACAGUCAAGAGUAAGGACAUCAGCUGUGCUGCAAAUGCUCCAGCAAAUACUGCAAAACCAAACAUUUAG